AAAAAAAAAAGGAGCAGUCAGGUGUCAUUUAAAGUGCUCAACAAAGAUAAGGCCCCUUGUGUUACAUAACAGCAGGUCUGCUGUCAGAUCAGGACAGGUGCUCCAGCACAACACUCUCCACUCAGACUGCCAUGGCUCUCCUGUCCGUCCUCACGCCGGUCCUGGCCGUAGUCCUGUGCCUGGUUUUAGGCUUUAUGUUGUUGAAACCACGUGAGACUGAGACCACCUCGACCACAGCGAGAAAAACUGAAGAUAAAGCAGCGCACAGCAGACCGUGGGUGGACCAGGACUUACAGGACGACACAGAAAUCACAGCAACAGAAGAAGAUGCUGGUGACUGGGUGGACAACAAUGAGGAGGAGGACUGUCAACAUGUGCCCUACUCCCCACCACGUUACCCCGAAGAUACGAUGCUGCAGAGGUCCAAAGAUUUCUACACUCUGUUGAACCAACGGAGAUCUGUUAGAUUCAUCAGCCCGGAGCCGGUCCCUCGACACGUCAUCGAUAAUGUCAUUCGCACUGCAGGUACUGCUCCAAGCGGAGCUCACACAGAGCCCUGGACAUUUGUGGUGGUGUCAGACUUGGAUAUGAAGCACAAGAUCAGACUGAUAGUGGAGGAAGAAGAGGAGGUCAACUACCGUCAGAGGAUGGGGGACAAGUGGGUCACUGAUUUGGCCAAAUUGAAGACAAACUGGAUUAAGGAAUACUUGGAUGUGGCUCCAUACCUGGUCCUUAUCUUCAAACAGACCUAUGGGAGUCUACCAAACGGCAAGAAAAGGACUCAUUACUACAAUGAAAUCAGUGUCUCCAUCUCCUGUGGGAUCCUGUUGGCUGCAUUACAGAACGUGGGUCUGGUAACCGUCACAUCGACUCCUCUUAACUGCGGCCCCCAGCUCAGGGUCCUCCUCAAGCGUCCGGCCAAUGAGAAGCUGUUGAUGUUACUUCCUGUGGGUUAUCCUGCCUCUGACGCUACAGUGCCGGAAUUGUCACGCAAGCCUUUGGAUGACAUCAUGGUGCACAUAUGAAAGAAUUGAUCUGCUGAAAAAAUAAAAAACAAGAAGUGAAA